AUGUACCGAAAUCCCACAUGGAUUCGGCAGUACCGAUUUUCCCCGGAUAAAAGCUCUCCGGAUUAUCGCGCCGAGGUCGCCAGAGGUCGCCACCCGAGAGUGACCAAAGUCUCGGGUCACUUUUCCGCCGGAAAAAUGGAGGUCUUUUCGGUUAACUUUACUUCGCUUCGCGGCGAAGACAAAUUAUGCGCCAUCCAGCGCCAAAGACCUUGGGUUGUUUUUGGGCCUGUAGAAGGACGACGAGACACGCCAUCACCAAGGUCUUGUCUGCUAGCCACGUCGUUGGAUGAUAACGUGGAACGGAUCGUCGAGGACUACUUCGAGAUUGAGAACUUCGGUGUGAAGGCGGCGCCAGCGGCCGCAGCCAGCGACGACGUGAGGGCGCAGAAGAUCCGGGAGGACACAACGGUGCGAGUUGGCCGCCGAUACCAGACGGGAUUAUUGUGGAAAACUGAUAACGUUGUGCUGCCACGUAGUUAUGAUAUGGCGUACAAUAGAUUGGUCAACAUAGAAAGGAAAAUAAAGCGAGAUGGGCAGUUCGCCCAAGAAUAUUCCCGGAUUGUUAAUGAUUAUGUCGACAAGGGAUACGCUCGGCAUCUGGAACGACAGGAGAUCGAUUCGGGAAGCGAUAGAACCUGGUACUUGCCGCAUUUUGGAGUGGAGAAUCCCAACAAGCCAGGGAAGAUCCGAUUAGUAUUCGACGCAGCGGCACGAGUUGGAGGAGUAUCACUGAAUUCUGCGCUAAGCAAGGGGCCGCAACACUAUAAGGCCUUGGCAUCUAUCCUGUUCCAUUUUAGGGAAGGUGCCGUCGGAGUCUGCAGCGACAUUAAAGAAAUGUUUCACCAGGUGCUGAUCCGACCCGAGGAUAGAUGUGCGCAACGCUUUCUGUGGAGAGACGGGAAUGACCAACGAGACCCCGACGUCUACGAGAUGUGCGUGAUGACCUUUGGAGCAGCAUACUCACCGAGUGCGGCGCAUCACGUGAAGACAGUGAAUGCCAAGCGAUUCCUGGAUUCGGAUCCCAGAGCAGUCAAGGCCAUCGUGGACUACCACUACGUGGAUGACUAUGUGGAUAGCUUCGCCACAGAGAGCGAAGCCAUCGAAGUAUCUAGCAGAGUGAAGAAGAUACAUGCAGAAGGCGGUUUUGAGCUUUGCAAGUUCUCGUCCAGUUCGCCUACAGUGGAGAGGAUGCUUGGACCCAGUGAUCACGCCCAAAGUAUUGGAUGGGGUGAGGCCGAGCAAAAGAUUUUGGGAAUGCGGUGGCAGCCAGCCACGGACGACUUCAGGUUUCGAGUGAAGUACCACAAAGUCGCCCCCGUCGUGUCCGAUGGAAAGAGAAUUGCCACAAAAAGGGAAUUCUUGAGUAUGGUCAGGUCAACGUUCGACCCCUUGGGAUUCCUGUGUUGUCUAAUGAUAACAGCGAAGUUGUUGCUGCGAGAGGUCUGGAGGAGGAAGAUCUCAUGGGAUGAACCACUACCGGCUGAGAUGUACAACGCCUUUAUGGACUGGCGUAAAGAGAUGGAGAAAGUGGAACGUUUUCGGUGCCCACGUCACUACUUUGGAUCCGGGCUGGUGAAGACUGUCGAGAUGCACGUAUUUGUGGAUGCGAGUCAGUCGGCAUUCGCAUCAGUGGUCUACUGGAGGAUCACGUACGAGGACGGCGACGGCCAAGUGAGGUUCGUGUGCGCAAAGACGAAGUGUGCACCGAUGCGAACGAUGACGAUUCCACGGUUGGAGCUGCAGGCAGCAGUUCUAGGAACGAGGUUGAUGGACACAGUCAGACAGGACCAUAGUGUGGCCAUUGCAGAGACUGUGCUAUGGACGGAUUCGAAGACAGUGCUGCGUUGGAUUGUCAGCACACACCGGCGCUACAAGCAGUUCGUAGGGAACAGAGUAGCCGAGAUUCUGGAGUCGACGAAGGUGGCCCAAUGGAGAUGGCUACCAUCCGCCGACAACGUGGCAGAUGAUGCAACGCGAGCGCAACGCAGCGUGGACCUAAGCGAGGAGUCACGCUGGUUAAGAGGACCGGCAUUCCUGAGGAGACCAGCGGGCAGCUGGCCAGGAACUGCACCCACCGACGAAGCGGAUGCAGAAGACGAAGAGGAGAUGCCGGGUGAGUUCGUGCUUGUUGGAGCGAGUGACCCGUUCAUAUCGCUGGAGAGAUUCUCAAGCUACAGGCGAUUGCUGAGGACUACGGCUUGGGUCCGAGAUGAGCUGGAGAAUUACGGCCUCAAUGUAGCUGAGUGUGAAGCAGCUGAGGACUUGUUAUUCCGUAGAGCACAACGUGAGGCGUUCCCCGAUGAGGUGCAGACCGCAGAGAAGGACUUGGACGUCGCUAAAGGAAGCGACAUAUGUGGACUGGCGCCAUACCUAGAUGGCAAUGGAAUCCUGCGAGCCUAUGGCAGGAUCGAUGCGGCGCUAUGUAUACCUUACAGCGCCAGGAGGCCAGUGAUCCUCUCCCACCGGCAUGGUCUAAGUAUUUAA